AUGCAAGUGUCGGUUCUCGGCUGCACUUUCCUCACGCUGUCAGAUCGUGAGGAAAGUACUGCCGAGAACCGGCAGUUGUCAGAGCGGGGAUCGGCACUGAUCAUCAGGGCACUGAUGAUCAGUGCCCUGAUGAUCAGUGCCCAGCAAUGCCACCCGCAAGUUCCGCCCACCUGUGCCCAGCAAUCACCCACCUGUGCCCAGCAGUGCACCCACCUGUGCCACUCUGCAGUGUCACACACCUGUGCCCAGAAGUGCCACCUACCUGUGCCCAGCAGUGCCACCCACCUGUGCCCACCCACCUGUGCCCACCAGUGCCACCCACCUGUGCCC